AACGCUUUCUAAUCGUGGGGAAGGGACUCCAUGUGUUUGGCGUAUAUUAAGAAGAUGGGCGCGUCAUUUUUAGCACCCAGCCUCUUCUUCUUGCCUGUCUCUGCCUCUCUCUCUCUCGUUCCUAGGGUUCUGAAGCUGAUCCUCCUCCUGCAUUGUCCUCAUUCUGGGCGGGUGGCCACAAUGUCGAAAGCAGGAGCGAUGGAUCUGGCGACGGGCCUUGGCGGGAAGAUGGACAAGAGCGACGUCCUGUCCGCCGUUGACAAGUAUGAGAAGUAUCAUGUCUGCUAUGGAGGUGAUGAGGAAGAAAGGAGAGCUAACUAUAGUGACAUGGUGAAUAAAUAUUAUGAUCUUGCUACCAGCUUUUAUGAGUUCGGCUGGGGAGAAUCUUUCCAUUUUGCCCACAGAUGGAAAGGGGAGUCUCUACGAGAGAGCAUUAAGAGACAUGAACACUUUCUUGCAUUACAGCUAGGCUUAAAACCUGGGCACAAGGUGCUGGAUGUGGGGUGUGGAAUUGGUGGACCGCUUAGGGAAAUAGCUCGAUUCAGCUCCGCAUCUGUUACAGGAUUAAACAACAAUGAGUACCAGAUAACAAGGGGAAAGGAACUAAACCGCAUUGCAGGCGUGGACAAGACAUGCGGCUUUGUUAAGGCUGAUUUUAUGAAGAUGCCAUUUUCUGACAAUACCUUUGAUGCAGUUUAUGCAAUUGAAGCUACCUGCCAUGCACCCGAUGCUUAUGGGUGUUACAAAGAGAUUUACAGAGUAUUAAAGCCUGGUCAGUAUUUUGCUGCAUAUGAGUGGUGUAUGACUGAUUCCUUUGAUCCGAACAAUGAGACGCACCAAAAGAUAAAGGCAGAAAUUGAGAUCGGAGAUGGCCUUCCUGACAUCAGGUUGACUGGGCAAUGCAUUGAAGCUCUAAAACAAGCAGGUUUUGAGGUCAUAUGGGAAAAAGAUUUUGCUGCCGAGGCACCUGUCCCUUGGUACCUGCCUUUGGAUAAAACUCAUUUCUCCCUGUCUAGCUUCCGCCUCACUGCUAUUGGGCGUUUGAUUACCAAAAACAUGGUGAAGGCUCUAGAGUAUGUGGGCCUAGCCCCUAAAGGAAGCCUAAGGGUUCAAGAUUUUCUGGAAAAGGCUGCAGAGGGCUUAGUUGAAGGUGGAAGGAAAGAUAUUUUUACGCCGAUGUACUUCUUCUUGGCCCGGAAGCCCCUAUCUGAGAAUCAGUGACGUGGGACCGUGCAGAUUUAACUUAUUCUGAAGAAAUGGGGUCUUUCAGUAUCCGACUAAUCGGUAGAAUUUCAUGUGUUUAGAUGAUUGGACGGUUAUUGUGCCUGGGAUUCUACGCUUUGGCUUUUUUUCAGUUGCUUGUGUGAGUGCCUUUCUUUGUUCCUUUAAAACAUGCUUGUUUGCUGCGAGCAAUUUGUAUCAGAUGUCGCCUAAGUUUGAAUCUUUUCCAGUCGUCGAAUGGACCGAACAACUUUCUAAUUGUUCAGAUUAAUGAUCAUGUCAAUUUGGUCGUGUCUUA